GCCUCAUGCCGGCACCGCCGGUCCACGGCUGAGCGCUGCUCCCCGCGGAGCCGAGCCGGGCACGAGCACGGGCACGGGCAUAAUAAGCAUAAGCACAGGACAGCCGCUGUUCCCUGCUAGCAGGACCCACCUCCAGCCGGCACGAUGGCGGGAGCAUCUGUGAAGGUGGCGGUGCGCGUCCGGCCAUUCAACUCCCGGGAGAUGAGCCGGGAAUCUAAAUGCAUUAUCCAGAUGUCAGGAAGCACCACCACUAUCCUGAACCCGAAGCAGCCCAAAGAGACACCAAAAAGCUUCAGCUUUGACUAUUCCUAUUGGUCCCACACUACGCCUGCAGACAUCAACUAUGCAUCUCAGAAGCAAGUGUACCGGGACAUUGGCGAGGAGAUGUUGCAACAUGCGUUUGAAGGCUAUAAUGUCUGCAUCUUUGCCUAUGGGCAGACGGGGGCUGGAAAAUCCUACACCAUGAUGGGGAAGCAGGAGAAGGACCAGCAAGGCAUCAUCCCCCAGCUGUGUGAGGACCUCUUCUCCCGCAUCAAUGACACAACAAAUGACAACAUGUCCUAUUCGGUGGAGGUGAGCUACAUGGAGAUAUACUGCGAGCGCGUGAGGGACCUCCUGAACCCCAAGAACAAGGGGAACCUGCGAGUAAGGGAGCAUCCCCUCAUGGGCCCAUACGUUGAGGACCUUUCCAAGCUGGCUGUGACCUCCUACAAUGAUAUCCAGGACCUGAUGGACUCUGGGAACAAGGCCCGCACGGUGGCUGCCACCAACAUGAACGAGACCAGCAGCCGCUCCCAUGCCGUGUUCAACAUCAUCUUCACGCAGAAGCGGCAUGACGCCGAGACAGACAUCACCACUGAGAAGGUCAGCAAAAUCAGCCUGGUAGACCUGGCAGGAAGCGAGCGAGCUGACUCCACUGGUGCGAAGGGCACAAGACUAAAGGAAGGAGCAAACAUCAACAAGUCCUUGACCACAUUGGGGAAAGUCAUCUCUGCCCUAGCCGAAAUGGAUUCGGGGCCGAACAAGAACAAAAAGAAGAAGAAGACGGAUUUCAUCCCUUAUCGGGACUCAGUGCUGACCUGGCUGCUGCGGGAGAACCUGGGGGGCAACUCCAGGACAGCCAUGGUUGCUGCUCUCAGUCCUGCUGACAUCAACUACGAUGAGACCCUCAGCACCCUCAGGUACGCUGACCGUGCAAAGCAGAUCCGGUGCAAUGCUGUCAUUAAUGAGGACCCCAACAACAAGCUCAUCCGGGAGUUGAAGGAUGAGGUGGCACGCCUGCGUGACCUUCUCUAUGCCCAGGGCCUUGGGGACAUCAUUGACACCCAUCCUGCUGCAGGAGGAUCCAAAUAUGUGUCCGACUUUGAGAACAAUAAUGAUGCUAGAGGGACAGAGCUGAGUCACCGCCAUGACAAUCUCUCCACAGUGACCAAUGCCAUUGCUGGGAUCAGCCCCUCUUCGUCCCUGUCGGCCUUGUCCAGCCGUGCAGCCUCUGUCGCCAGCCUCCAUGAGCGCAUCAUGUUUGCUCCGGGCAGUGAAGAGGCGAUCGAAAGGCUCAAGGAAACAGAGAAGAUCAUUGCAGAGCUGAAUGAGACAUGGGAGGAGAAACUGCGUAGGACAGAAGCAAUUCGGAUGGAAAGGGAAGCGCUGCUUGCUGAAAUGGGGGUGGCCAUGAGGGAGGAUGGAGGCACCUUGGGUGUUUUCUCUCCUAAGAAGACACCCCACUUGGUCAACCUGAACGAGGACCCGCUCAUGUCUGAGUGUCUUCUCUACUACAUCAAGGAUGGGAUAACAAGGGUUGGCCGGGAAGAUGCCGAGAAGAGGCAGGACAUCGUUCUCAGCGGGCACUUCAUUAAGGAAGAGCACUGCCUUUUCCGCAGUGACAACAAAACCAGUGGUGAAGUAAUAGUGACCCUGGAGCCCUGUGAAGGUGCUGACACUUACGUGAAUGGCAAAAAGGUGACGGAGCCCAGCAUCCUGCGCUCAGGAAACCGCAUCAUCAUGGGGAAGAGCCACGUCUUCCGCUUCAACCACCCCGAGCAGGCUCGGCAGGAGCGGGAGCGGACCCCAUGUGCUGAGACCCCGGCUGAGCCCGUAGACUGGGCUUUUGCCCAAAGAGAGCUGCUGGAGAAGCAGGGCAUUGACAUGAAGCAGGAGAUGGAGCAGCGGCUCCAGGAACUGGAGGACCAGUACCGAAGGGAGCGGGAGGAGGCAAACUACCUUCUUGAGCAGCAAAGGCUGGACUAUGAGAGCAAAUUGGAGGCUUUGCAGAAGCAGAUGGACUCUAGGUACUACCCUGAGGCAAAUGAGGAAGAAGAAGAACCUGAGGAUGAAGUGCAGUGGACGGAGAGGGAGUUUGAGCUGGCCCUCUGGGCCUUUAGGAAGUGGAAGUGGUACCAAUUCACCUCCCUCCGUGACCUGCUCUGGGGCAAUGCCAUCUUCCUCAAGGAAGCCAAUGCCAUCAGUGUGGAGCUGAAGAAGAAGGUCCAGUUCCAGUUUGUUCUCCUCACGGACACACUGUAUUCACCUCUCCCUCCUGACCUGCUGCCUCCUGAUGCUGCCAAAGACCGUGAGAAGCGGCCAUUCCCCCGGACCAUUGUGGCUGUAGAGGUGCAGGACCAGAAGAACGGGGCAACGCAUUACUGGACCCUGGAGAAGCUGAGGCAGCGUCUGGAUCUGAUGCGUGAAAUGUAUGACCGUGCAGCAGAAGUGCCUUCCAGUGUCAUUGACGACUGUGACAAUGUGGUGACCGGCGGAGAUCCUUUCUACGACCGCUUCCCCUGGUUCAGGCUGGUGGGCAGUUCAGAUAUCUCUGGCUGCAACAGCUCUCCUCUUUUCAACACAUGCAUGAGCGAGCGCAUGGCUGAUCUCACCCCCUCCCCUACCUUCUCGAACCCCGACUCCGACAUCACCGAGCCUGCUGACGAGCAGCACCAGGGGCAGGAGGAGGAGGAGGAGGAGGAGGCGGAGGACCUGGAGGAAGACAUCUUUCCGGAGUGCCCACUGUGUGAUGGCCGGGAUCCGUUUUACGACCGCUCCCCCCUGUUCAGUUUAGUAGGAAGGGCCUUCGUCUACCUGAGCAACCUCCUCUACCCUGUGCCCCUGGUCCAUCGCGUGGCCAUCGUCAGCGAGAAGGGCGAGGUGAAGGGCUUCCUGCGCGUGGCAGUUCAGGCCAUCUCAGCGGAUGAGGAAGCCCCUGACUAUGGCUCCGGUGUGCGUCAGUCGGGGACAGCCAAGAUAUCCUUCGAUGACCAGCACUUUGAGAAGUUCCAGUCGGAGUCAUGCCCAGCUGUGGGAAUGUCUCGCUCGGGGACCUCCCAGGAGGAGCUGCGCAUUGUCGAAGGCCAGGGGCAGGUCAGCGAUGUGGGUCCCUCUGCUGAUGAGGUCAACAACAAUACCUGCACAGUGACACCAGAGGACCUUCUCCUGGACAGCCCAGAGAAGUCUGUAUCAGAAGGGCCACUGGAGACGGCUCUGGAUCACUUGAAGCUGGGCAGCAUGUUCACAUUCCGCGUGACAGUCUUGCAAGCCUCCAGCAUCUCUGCAGAAUAUGCAGACAUCUUCUGCCAGUUCAACUUCAUCCACCGCCAUGACGAGGCUUUUUCAACAGAGCCCUUGAAGAACACAGGACGGGGGCCGCCACUGGGCUUCUAUCAUGUCCAAAACAUUGCUGUGGAGGUGACCAAAUCCUUCAUUGAAUACAUCAAGAGCCAGCCUAUUGUGUUUGAAGUAUUUGGGCACUACCAGCAGCAUCCCUUCCCACCCCUCUGCAAGGAUGUCCUGAGCCCACUGAGGCCAUCCCGGCGCCACUUGCCCCGUGUGAUGCCACUCUCCAAACCAGUGCCUGCAACGAAGCUAAGCACCAUGACUCGGCCCAGCCCCGGCCCAUGCCAGUGCAAGUAUGACCUGAUGGUCUUCUUUGAGAUCUGUGAGCUGGAAGCCAAUGGCGACUACAUCCCUGCCAUUGUGGACCACCGUGGAGGCAUGCCAUGCCAUGGGACCUUCCUCCUCCACCAGGGCAUCCAGAGGAGGAUCACUGUCACCUUGGUGCAUGAAACAGGCAGCCUCAUCCGCUGGAAGGAAGUGCGGGAGCUGGUUGUAGGUCGGAUCCGGAACACCCCAGAAGCAGAUGAGUCUCUCAUCGACCCCAACAUCCUGUCCCUGAACAUCCUCUCCUCUGGGUACAUCCACCCCUCCCAGGAUGACCGGACUUUCUACCAGUUUGAGGCAGCAUGGGAUAGCUCCAUGCACAACUCACUGCUGCUCAACCGUGUCACUCCGUACCGGGAGAAAAUCUACAUCACCCUGUCUGCCUACAUUGAGAUGGAGAACUGCACUCAGCCUGCCGUCAUCACCAAAGACUUCUGCAUGGUCUUCUACUCCCGGGAUGCCAAGCUUCCUGCCUCCCGUUCCAUCCGCAACCUUUUUGGCAGUGGCAGCUUGAGGGCUUCUGAGAGCAACCGUGUGACGGGAGUCUACGAGCUCAGCCUCUGCCGAGUGGCAGAUGCCGGCAGCCCAGGCAUGCAGAGACGUCGCCGGCGUGUGCUAGACACCUCUGUAGCCUAUGUGCGGGGAGAGGAGAACCUGGCUGGCUGGCGGCCCCGCAGCGACAGCCUCAUCCUUGACCAUCAGUGGGAGCUGGAGAAACUCAGCCUACUGCAAGAAGUGGAGAAGACGAGGCACUACCUGCUCCUGCGUGAGAAGCUGGAGACAACCCAGCGCCUGGGCCUGGAGACCCUGUCCCCUUGUUCCAGUGAGGACUCUGAGUCCCGAAGCACCUCCUGUGUCUCCUCCCCACUCUCUGCCGAUGGGGCCGCUGAGAAUCGCACCUCACCUCCUGAGAGCCCCAGUGAGAGGCAGAAGGAACUAGCUGUGAAGUGCUUGCGCCUGCUCACACAUACCUUCAACAGGGAGUACAGCCACAGCCAUGUCUGCAUUAGCGCCAGUGAGAGCAAGCUGUCUGAAAUGUCUGUGACCCUGAUGAGAGACCCAUCCAUGCCAGUUCUUGGGGUCACCACUCUCACCCCCUCUUCAACCUGCCCGUCACUGGUGGAAGGACGCUACAAUGCCAUUGAUGUCAGAGCCCCCCAAGUCUCUUCCAGAGUGGAGAGCCCUGACGUGGAGCCUGCAGGAGAAGGAGAGCAGAAGAAGUCCCCAGGCCACCGGCCUGAGGAGGAGAAGGAGCCCCAGCGUUUGCUGGUGCCUGACAUCCAGGAGAUUCGGGUCAGCCCCAUUGUCUCCAAAAAGGGCUACUUGCACUUCCUGGAGCCCCACACCAAUGGGUGGGUGAAGCGCUUCGUGGUGGUCCGGCGCCCAUAUGUCUACAUCUACAACUCAGACAAGGACAUGGUAGAGAGGGCCAUACUCAAUCUCUCCAAGGCCCAGGUGGAGUACAGUGAGGACCAGCAGGCCAUGCUCAAGACCCCGAACACGUUCGCAGUGUGCACAGAGCAUCGCGGCAUCCUGCUGCAGGCGAGCAGUGACAAGGACAUGCACGACUGGCUCUAUGCCUUCAACCCCCUCCUGGCUGGGUCCAUAAGGUCCAAGCUUUCCAGAAGGAGAACAGCCCAGAUGAGAAUCUAACCUGAAAAAUACCCUCCACCUCAUCUGUCUGCCAACAGAAUCAAGAUAGCUGAUUCUGUCUCAAGACUCCCCAUGUUAACGUCUGAUCUCUCACACCAUCUGCUGCCCCAGCUGCCUGCUCCAUGGAAGGAUCUCUCUCGAUUCACACCUUUGCGAAGGAAACUCACUUCCGUUCGUAGCUGCAAAAGCCUUGACCUGCCUGGGCAGGAUCUCCUGUGCACAUGCCAUCUUCUGCCCAUCCCCUCAUGGGUGACCUUCAUGUCACACCAUCUGUAAUGCUCCAGGAAGGUCCCUGUCAGAGGGGAGGGAGCGAGGAGGGCAGUUUUGGCUAAUAGCUGGUCUUUGAUCUACAGAGGUGGGAGCGUGGUAAAGCUUGAAGGUGGGAGAGCAGGAGGAAUUGCCUCCACAUGAAGGGAAAGGGGUAGUAUGAGGAUUUCCUAGUUUAUUGAUGUUUCUGCAAGAGACAGCAGAGUAAGAUCAGGUGUCAGUAGUUAAGAUAUUUAUAAAGUAUUUAUUUCUAUUUACAUCACAAAAAUCCUGUAAGUUGGGUCCUGGCCCCUGGACAAUGCCUCCCCCAGGCAGGGGAGAGCCUUGGCAGUGGGCUGGGGCCCCAGAGAUGCCUCUCCUGGGACAUCCCUGGCAUGUGCCCGGCAGCAGCGGAGCUCUUGCCCUUGCUCCCUGCCCUUCCCCAGCCCUCUGCUUUGCACCCCGCUGCAGCUUAAACUACUUCUCCCCUAAGUGGUGGCUGGACAGCCUACCCUGUCUUCCCAAAGGAGGCAAUUCCUACCUGCCCCAUCUACCUCUGGAAGGGAGGAGCCCACCAUCUUGGUGGGCUGGAGAAUUCCACAUCCAUGCAGAUGUGUCACCUCACUUUGGAGCUUGGUCCUGCUGGAGGGAAAAGGAGGGUUCUGGGGAUGGCUCUGCCUGUCACCUUAUGUGAGGCUGUCCUUCUGAAAAGCAUGUGGGCCACCUCCACUAUCUCAGCCUAGGAGCCCCUGGGGGCUUGUCCAAAGGGAUUCCUCCCCUCUUAGGACAGGACACCAAGGGUCCCAUCCCUGCAGGGA